CGAAGAAAAGCCGUUGAAAAUGUCCGCGGGCGAUCGCGGUGGUUGGCUGCCCCCGCGCGCGCUAGACAGCCCGGCCAUCCGUACGGUGGAGAUGCACGCGGGAGGGGAGCCGCUCCGGGUGGUGGUGCCUGGCGGUUUGGGACUGCUGGAGCCCGGGCCUGAGGGGCCUCUCCUGAGUCGCCGGCGUCGCUUGCUGGAGUCCCCGGAGCUGGACGCUGUGAGGCGACUGUUGAUGCACGAACCCCGCGGACACCGCGACAUGUACGGCGCCCUGGUGGUGCCCAGCGAGCUGCCCGAAGCCGCCCUGGGAGCCCUCUUCAUGCACAACGAGGGCGCGAGCUCCAUGUGCGGCCACGCCGUCCUUUGCCUGGGCCGCUUCGCCCUCGACUACGGCCUCUGCCAGCCCUCGCCUUCCCCCGGCGAGACCGCCGUCACCAUUCACUGCCCCUGCGGGCCAGUCAAGGCUUUUGCGUCCUGGGACGGGCAGCGCAGUGGAAGCCGCGUCCGUUUCCACAGCGUGCCUGCCUUCGCCGCGGCUACCGAUAUAACCAUUGAUGUUCCUGGUUAUGGAAAAGUCGUCCUUGAUGUUGGCUAUGGGGGUGCUUUCUAUGCAUUUCUCAGUGCUGAACAAUUAGGCCUUGAUGUAUGUUCCUCAAAAAUUAGGGAACUUGUAGCCGCAGCAUCUGCAGUAACAGAAGCUGUAAAGGCUCAGUUCAAAGUUCACCAUCCUCUUAUUGAAGAUAUGGCUUUCAUUUAUGGAACUAUACUGACAGAUGGCAAAGAUGAAUUUAGUGAUGAACCUACAAGUAAUAUAUGUAUAUUUGCAGAUGCACAGAUUGCUCUUAAAAGAAAGGCCAGGAAAGUGACAGCACUAAUAAUGUGCUGGGAUUCCCAGCCAACUGUAACUCCCACCUGAUAAGUUCAAAAAGCAGUGAAGGGAAUGUUGUGGGGAAAUUCAAUGCUAAACAGCAGAAAAUGGUUGGAAAAAGUUGCAGAAGGGGCUUGCAAUGGUCCUUUGAGACAGAGGUAGGUGUGUAGCCUGUUUAGCUUAUGUGUAUAGCAAGCCUCUCUUUAGCUAAACAAAGGAGCUAUAGUAUCUGUUCAAACCAGCCAGUGGUUUCCCUCAUUCUGGCUGGUUUUUCUGCUGAUAAAAGCACAGGCUGGACAGGAUUAUCUGGAGGGCUAAGGACUUUGAGUAUGAUUCCCCAGCUUUAAAUACUGAACAACUUGUAAAACCCACCCAGCAUGAUGGUUGGUAUUGAACUUCAAUAUCUACAGUGUCAUUGAUAUCUCCCUUCUGCACAGACUUUAUAAAGACAGAAUUCUAAUUGUAUGGGCACAAACACUCUCCAUAUUAGUACUGAAUAAUAAGAUGAAGUCAAUAUUAUUUUAGGGGGGGAUUAUUGUUAUCAUGCAGACAUUUCAUUACCCACCUAGAUAACAACUUCAGUACUAGAGGGAGAGAAAUUUGCUCUGUUUAUUUACAGGAGAUUGCCUGUCACUGUAUUCUUACCCAGUCAGCCUUAUCCUAGGAUGUUUUAAUCCUAAACAUAAUUAUUCCCAGCAUAUUUUAAUUGGAAUGAUGAACUCCAAAGGGAAAGUAGACAGUAUAGAUAUGAAUACCUGUAAAGAUGAGUGAAUAGGCAUAGAUAGGAAUAUAAUUGUUGAUUUGUAUAAUAAAACAAUGAACAAAAAUACAAUAGGUC